GAGGAGGAGCGGGAGGAGCGGGAGGAACGGGAGGAGGGAUGGGAAAAGGAGCGGGAAAAGGAGGAGUGGGAGGAGGAGCGGGAGCAGCGGGAGAAGGAGCACGAGGAGAAAAGGGAGGAGCAGCAGGAGAACGAGCGGGAGCGGGGCUAUGGCGGGAUCUUUGUCACGUUGUUUGGCGGAGGAGCGGGAGGCGGAGGAGGAGGAGGAGGAGGAGGAGGAGUGGGAGGAGCGGGAGAAGGAGCGAGAGGAGGCGUGGGAGGAGCAGGGAAGGAGCGGGAGCGGGGCUAUGGUGCGGGAAGAGGAGCAGGAGGAGGGGGAGGAGGAACGGGGGGAAAAGCAAGAGAAGCAAUCGAAGGAGGACGAGCAGCAGGAGGAGCGGGAGGAGCAGCAACAGAGGGAGCGGGAGAAGGAGAGGGAGGAGGAGUGGGAGAAGGAGAGGGAGGAGGAGCGGGAGAAGGAGCGGGAGCGGGGGUAUGGCGGGAUCUUUGUCAUGUUGUUUGGUGGAGGAGCGGGAGGAGGAGCGGGAGGAGGAGUGGGAGGAGGGGGAGAAGGAGGGGGAGGGGAUUGGGGAUGGGGUUGCAUCUCACAGCCGCUUGCUCCAUACUCUCCUUCUCAUUUUGCACAUUCCAAGGCUGCUCAGUUCGAGCUGUUUGGGAUCCUGAACUGAGAUGACUAUGGCGGGAUCUUUGUCACGUUGUUUGCCGGAGGACGAGUGGGAGGAGGAGUGGGAGGAGCGGGAGGAGGGAUGGGAAAAGGAGCGGGAAACGGAGGAGUGGGAGGAGGAGCGGGAGCAGGUGAGGGAGAAGGAGCGGGAGGGGAAAUGCGAAGGGGCGAAGGAGCCGCGGGAGGAGGAGCUGGAGAAGGAGCAGCACGGGAAACGGGAAGGGGGCUAGGAGCGGGAGAAGGAGCACGAGGAGAGACGGGAAGGGGCGGAGGAGGCGCGGGAGGAGGGGCGGUAGAAGGAGCAAGAGGGGGAGCGGGAGGGGAAACGGGGAGGGGGUUAACGAACAUGCGGGAGCCGGAGGAGGGGGUGGAGGAGGAGAAGCGGGAGGAGCACGAGGACGAGCGGGAGAAGGAGCGGCAGGAGGAAUGGAGGAAAGAGCAAGGGAAGCAGCGGGAGAAGGAGAAGCAGCAGGGCGGAGAGCGGGAGCAGGAGGAGGAGGAGGAGAGGGAGGAGCAGCAGGAGAACGAGUGGGAACGGGGCUAUGGCGGGAUCUUUGUCACGUUGUUUGGCGGAGGAGGAGCGGGAGGGGGAGGAGGAGGAGUGCCUUUUUUCACAAUCAAACAUAAUUGCUCUUUUUUUCAAUCGCGCGCGCUUGCACCACCACGCCUCUCAUCGCCGCGGCGGGCCCACUUGUUCUUCUAAAGACUCAAUUAAUAAAAUAUAAGAAUUCAA